AUGGCAACCCCAGUAUCAAGAGGCCUUAGAGCCCAUAGAAAGUCUCGACAAGGGUGCAUGGCAUGUAAAGCACGGAAGGUGAAGUGCAACGAAGCACGCCCGGCAUGUGAUGCGUGCGUCCGCCGAGAAAUAUCAUGUCACUAUCCUGAGCCAGCUCAAAAACGACCGACAGAUACAAGGUCCCCUUCCAAUCCGCCUUAUGACCUUGAUCCUUCCAAAGAACUCGAUAUUACAGUGGCCCGUGAAUCAAAAGAACGUCGAUUGCUUGAAAUGCGCCUGCUUCACCACUUUUGUACCGAGACCGCCCGAAAAGGAUUCCUGUCCAUUCACGAUGAAGGUGUUCGUGAUGUUUGGACUAAAGGUGCUCCGACUCUAGCUUUUGAUCAUCCAGUUCUCUUGAAUAUGAUCAUAUCAAUUGCAGCUCUCCAUCUCACUAAGAUCAAUCCAGCGGCUGAAGAUAUGGCAGAUGUUCAUCGGAUGUAUUUCAAUGCAGCUGUUCUUCCAACUCAGGUAUUCGCUCUUCUCCGUGGAAAUUUUGUUCUGUUUUCGCAAACAAUGCCCAUGCUAGAUCCAAAUAGUCAACUAGAAGCUCUUAUAUCUGCCAAACCAGACAUGAAGACGUUAAUGGAAGAUGUUCGUAGCAAAAUAUAUCACGAACCAUUCUCAGAGCUUCUAAAUCGGAGGGCGCCGGGUGAGAUUAUUGAUGAAGAAAGCCAGGCUGCUUUUACUUUUGCAUUAAAUUAUUGUGGAUGCAUUCUAUUUGGUAUUGAAGGUGGGGAGGAUCUUUAUGAACUUCGCCGUGUCAUUUAUGCCUUUUCGACAGUCGCACUUAAAGCAUUUGUUUAG